ACCUACAAUAUGGCUGCGCCCAUUGGAAAUGCUUGUUCUUAUUGAAAACACGUACAAUUGAAAAAUGGGCAAAAGUAACAAACAAACUGGAGGAAAAAAGAAGUUUCACGAUAGGAGACGACAGAGGGAUGAGAAGUUUGAUGUUGAAAAAUGUAGCAGUAACAUGGCAGCAUGUCAAAUUGACAGUGAUGAGGAAUCUCCGUCCUAUGCCCCUGAGAAUUUCCCCUGUCCUUUAGGUAUGUGGGACUUAGAGCACUGUGAUCCGAGGAAGUGCAGUGGUAGGAAGCUGGGACGGUUAGGGUACGUUAGAACCCUGAGGCUCCAGCAGAGGUUUAGUGGGCUGAUACUGUCACCCAUGGGAAUCAAAUGUGUGUCUCCAGAGGACAGGGAAAUUGUGGCUCAAAAUGGAGUGGCAGUCAUAGAUUGUUCCUGGGCCCGUUUGGAGGACACCCCCUUCUCCAGAAUGAGGGGAGGUCAUCCACGACUGCUCCCCUACCUGGUGGCUACAAACCCCAUCAACUACGGAAAGCCAUGUAAACUGUCUUGUGUGGAGGCGUACGCUGCAGCAUUUUAUAUCACAGGAUACAAAGAACUUGGUGAUAUUUUGUUAAAGAAGUUCAAAUGGGGGCACACCUUUUAUGAAGUAAAUCAAGAAUUGCUGGAGAAAUAUGCUAAAUGUAAAGAUAGCACAGAGGUUGUGGCAGCACAGAAAGAGUACCUAGAGCAGUUAGAGGAAGAACACAGCCAACCAAAGCAAGAUCUGACAGACAUUGAUAUGGAUCUGGAAUUCUGUAAUCCCAACAGGAGGGUGGGGGAGAUGCCACCUACAGACAGUUCAGAGGAGAGUGAAGAGGAGAGUGAAGAGGAAGAAGACAAGGAUUCUGAUGAAGACUGCAGUAAAGGUGAUGAUGCGUCGAGGGGCAUGAAGGGGAGGGAAUCCCCUGGAUCACAGUCUCAAAUGCCGCUAAAGACAGAAUCUCCCCAAACUGACAAUGACACAAACGAAACAGGUUAAUGUCCAAAGUGAACAUUUCUGUUUUUAUGUAAAUGUUAUGUUUAUGUAAAUAAAAUUUGUUGGUAACUUUG